AUGGUUGUCACUGGUUCGGAUAACUCUGGUCACUCCAGUCCACUGCAACGAAUAGGGUUGAGUCCACUUGUAAACGAAGAACCCAGUAUAUUGAACAUCGACUCAAUGCCAGGUCUUUCUGGAAGUGUUCUAGAUCCAAGCCUCGACGUGAAGGGUGCUCCGAAAAUUCCAAACCGAGGUCCUACUGAAAAGUCGGUUGAGGCACCGUUGUUGUCCAGUUUCCGUCAACCUACUGGAGAACCAGCUCUGUUAUCGAUCGAAGAAGCAGAGGCAGAAAACCGUGAGAUAGAAAUCGAUCAGGCAGAGCUCAAAUUGCUCGAAGAUGCCUUUGGCGACUUGGACGGUGGUGCAAGCGAGGCCGAGUGCACGGUGCCAACAAAAGCCUGUGCAACAUCGACAAUUGGAGAUGCCCACGUGGAGGAUGAAGAAGGGGACAACUUCGUUGAAGGAGGUUACAAUAGCGGAACCACGGUUUCCUCUUUGACAUCCAACAGUUUGGCCAGCAACAGCCAGCGCGGUGUGAAAGAAUGUGCACCGUCCGAAUUACAACCGAACAAUGACGCUUGUACAGAACACAGCCUAGUCCGAACUCCUCCGCCAGCAGACUUGAAAACCGGCCAGAUUGAUCCCGAACGUGUGGACGUGAGUUCACCACAGAGACCACCACCGAACCAGACUCCCGUCGCCACUUCACCCAUUCGUCCCCGAAAGCGGUUUUCUAAUUUGCCUUGCCUCUCAGGAUUGUCUUCUACGUUGGACACAGAUUUGAGCACAACGCACCUUGCAUCCAAGCUACUGCAUUCUGGCAGAUCUCCUGUCCAGAUCUGGAACCGGACCGAUGAGGUACCCAUAACUGAUGGUGCAGCACUUCUGUCCAACACGGCGAAAACGUUUGAUACUGGUUUCAACGGGCCCCAUAAUGGACAAUCCUCCAAUGAAUGUGGUGAAAACCAGACCGACUCGUCGAUCCGGACAUCAAAUGAUGCCAAACAGACUAUAGGUGUCAAGAUGUCCGGCACAAUAUCAUCUAUUAGUUCACGGCUGCCCAAUAAUUCGAGAUCAGAGGAUGAGCAAAUAAAUCCAGAAGCUAAAAAAGGCAUUGACAAACCUGUAGAUCCUCGUGACCGACUGGAUCAAACGUCAGUACUCGUCAGUCGCCUCCACCUGUCCGAUGUGGAUGGUCUUUUGGAUAUCGUCCACAAAUCGAACGGCCCAACAGAACCAAGCGACGAUAAGGAGAACCGUCCUUUGGACGGCUCUAACCGCAUUGGUCGAAGACUAACCACUCUACAACGUAUUUUGCGCCCCAAUCCAGUUUUUAGCCCCACCACCAUGGCGAGGCCGUCAGACGUUAAACAGACCGCACCGGCAGCAACCUCAAAUUAUCAUCCAUCUCGUCAAGAGCCUGCUAAUACCGAGGCCUAUAAACCCCACCCUCCUUCGACCGCCGAUCUCUUGGCAACAUCCCCUUCAUUGAUGAGCAAUAAACAAUAUGGUGCGGUAACCAGGACCGACACGCCAACUGCAACACGUGCGUUGAGUGAACUACAAUCUGGUCAGCUCUCUACUGGCCGAACAACGACGGACGUUGUAUCUAAGGCCGAUUCGCCAAAGACAACGGAUUUUUCAUCGCAGAGGAAACACAGUGGGACACAACCGGUACUAUUGUCCAACCUGAACUGCCUUGUAUUUUGUGGAGCUGUUUGUGGCCAGAUCCAUCAUCAGCACUUGCUCAUAAAGCACCAGUUACCGAAACCGGUCACACUUCGUUUGCUUGUCUCUCCCGGUGGAGAUGUGUUCAAGCUUACCGACGAACGAGGUUACCUUCUCACUGGACCCCACAGUGUCUGCAUACCACCCGGUCUUGAAUAUCCUGUCCACGUGGCCUAUGUAGCUCGUCAACCUCUGGCCUGGGAUACUGGACAGCUCCGCUUGUCGAUCGAGGACGACUCUACGAAGUCCACGUGGAAGGUACGGCUGAUUGGCUAUUCGAGCAGUUCUCAGUUGGAGUGUUGUUGCUGCACCCGUUUGAAUUCCGAAAUCUAUUGGACCACAGCAACUCCACUUUCGAAUCGCAAAGCCCACAGAAAGUCUUCCAGCUUCGGGUUGAAUAUAGACCCUCCAGCCGUCUUAUCUCCGACGGCGAUGGCAACGAAAGGCACGUCAGUCGCCUGCGUUGUUCUCACGAAUUUCGGCCUUCGAGCUGCAUGGAUUCUGUGCAGUGUCGAACCUCGCGAAACGUGCAGACAGGUAUCGAAUGACAAAGCUGUGGAAAUGGCGACAGGUGCUCUGGUUGAACCGAGUCGCAUGGUCAUUGGUCCCAGACAGUCACAGAAGAUUGUGAUCACAAUGCAACCGGGUGUGGAGUCGGCCCGUGUGACCUUCUUCUACGGCGACGAAGUGCUUCGUCACCAAGUUCGACAACACUACAUCAGACCGCCAAAGUCUGUCGCACGACGACGAAUCGGAAGGCACGUUAAGGUACGGCUGAUUGGCUAUUCGAGCAGUUCUCAGUUGGAGUGUUGUUGCUGCACCCGUUUGAAUUCCGAAAUCUAUUGGACCACAGCAACUCCACUUUCGAAUCGAAAAGCCCACAGAAAGUCUUCCAGCUUCGGGUUGAAUAUAGACCCUCCAGCCGUCUUAUCUCCGACGGCGAUGGCAACGAAAGGCACGUCAGUCGCCUGCGUUGUUCUCACGAAUUUCGGCCUUCGAGCUGCAUGGAUUCUGUGCAGUGUCGAACCUCGCGAAACGUGCAGACAGGUAUCGAAUGACAAAGCUGUGGAAAUGGCGACAGGUGCUCUGGUUGAACCGAGUCGCAUGGUCAUUGGUCCCAGACAGUCACAGAAGAUUGUGAUCACAAUGCAACCGGGUGUGGAGUCGGCCCGUGUGACCUUCUUCUACGGCGACGAAGUGCUUCGUCACCAAGUUCGACAACACUACAUCAGACCGCCAAAGUCUGUCGCACGACGACGAAUCGGAAGGCACGUUAAGGUGAUCGAUCUAAUGGAGGAUUUUACAAACGAGAUUCCGUUUCAAAUAACUGAAAUGCCUCCUCGAAUGCGUCAUCCAGUCAGACCGGAGGACUGGUACCAAGCACUGUCCAAACAGCUGCAUCUGCGUGAACACUUUGUUCUCAACGUCUAUUCCAACGGAUCGUCAUCAAAUGGGACCGAGAAACCAGAUCAGACAGAGUCGCUGACCGAACAGAAACCAGCAUCAGCUGAUUCAUCCCCAACGUUAACCAGCAUCGUAGUCAGAGAGGACGCAUUCGGCGUUGGAAAAUCUGGACGGUACUCUUCGCCAGUCCCAAAAUUUGAAAAUGAUAAACCUCAGGGUUGUUCAAAGACUCCUUUUCGCUCGACUCCUUCAAAGGUGAUUCCACUGUGCCUGGAACCGAAAGACAUACUCGUCCUCCCUAGUUGUCAUGCAGGUGGUCGAAGCCAAGCCGAAUUUCAACUUCGUUUGGAUUCACAUAUGACAGACCAACGAGAUAACCUGUGGCAAGUGGAAUGCACACUACAUCCAUAUAGCAAGGUCAACUGGUCCAAUUGCUCCAAACCGCAGCCUUUUGAAGAACCUGUAUUCAUCUCUCUUCCUUCACCAGUCACACGAAACCAACGUCCGGACAGUGACGGACGUAUAUGCGGUUUGCUGGCACUGGGCGAAGACAAUUCGGAAAUGGCAACACUACGCAUCCCGUUCGAAUUCCGCGCUCCCCCUGUGGCGAAUGUAUACCGUCAAAGAUGGCAGUUAAGCGUGUGGGCCAAACCCUACUACUCUCAUAUUUCGUCAGAAAUAUCCGCUACGAAUCUUAUUGAUUUUGUCAAAGUGGACACCACCUGCCAAAACGGGUCGAAUGCACAGUUUGAUGUGGUCUUGGAGGGUCAGUGUCUUUCCGUCUCAACAACUAUGCGAUCUGGACCCCACUCGCCUGUGUUCGGUCCCGUUCGCACAAUGGCACCCGUCGUUAACGAAACGAAUCUGGUUAGGUCAUCACUACAGUCAUCUGCUGUCCCGUCCCAACUAAUCCCUUUGAGAAGGCAUGCUCGUAGGCAUAAACUUGGACCAUUGCUUAUCGAGGGAAUUCCGGUUAUUUUCUCACCUGUAAACAGCGAGUCUGAGGAGUACGUAAGCACUUAUCAGAUUGAACUCCUCAAUUGUAUGGAGUCCAACACGGUGUUCGUGCAGCUCGAAUUACCCAAACCACCGUUCCAUGUAGUCAAACCAGUACAAACAAGAUUUCGUAUAAUUCCCAAACGAUGGGUUCGCGUUCAACUGGCCUACCGUCCCACUGAAGUAGGGAGUGCCAAAUCUAUUCUGGGCAUACAGACAAUGACCCUACCAAGCAACGGCCCUGAUACAGAGGGGACAAGAAUCACUGGCGAUGCAACUCCAUCCGAACUAUACAGGACAGAAAUCCCACUAGCUGGUUUUAUGCGAUAGCCCGAACAGAAACGAUAUCUGCCUCCCCCCCCCGUGUACAGUACUCAUCUUGAUGUCGAAUUUUACACCCGUUUUUAAUAAGCCAGUAUGUG